AUGGCGGCGCCUGGGGGUUCGUUUGGGGCUGCUGCUGGGACGGGGCACGGAGGGCAUUAUUUGGGCGUGGGAUUGGAUUUUGGGGCGGUGGGGAUGGGGGGGUAUGAGGGGCUGGAAGGGGGGUAUCAUGGACAUGAUGAUGAUGAUGAGGGCGAUGAGGAUGGUGAUGGUGAUGCUGGUGGUGGUGGUGAUGAUGUUGAUGGUGGAGGCGACGGUGAUGAUGGGAAUGGUGGGAGGGACGGCGAUGGUGAUGGUGAUGGCGGCAACAACAACAACAACGGCGGCAAAAGCAACACCAGACAUGAUGCAGGCGGCGGCGGCGGUGGACGACGCUCAGGCGCGUUGGGGGGAAGGGGUGCGAGAGGUGCUGGGUUUGGAGGGUAUCGCGAUGCGAGACAUGAAAGCGCCAUGGCACAGCAGCAGCAUCAUCAUCAGCAUCAGCAUCAUCAGCACCAUCAACAGUCACAUCAACAACAGCAUCCGCGGCAUCUCCCCGUCGCUCCAGGCCUUCAUCAAAGCUACCAUCACCCUCACCCUCACCCGCAACAGAGACAAGCUCCGGCCGGCCAGUUUGGCAUUCUCAUGCCAACUCCCCGCUCGGCCGCCGAGCCAGAAGACAAUACUUCGUCACUUCGGAACCCAGGCCCCAUCCAUGAUUAUCAUCGCCAUCAGAUCGAGCCGCCACCACCUACCGCUACUCCAGCACCUUACAAACUAAGCCAAGCCAAGCUCGUCAUCGACCCUCCCGACCUCCAGGCAUGGCGAGAAAGGCUCUUCCAGGUCGACGAUCUCAUCAUCCUCACGCACGAGCAGUUUGAGACGUACUUUCCACACAUUGACAACGUCUACUCACACCGCUCCACGCAGCGCUACAAGCGAAAGCCCUUCAUCUCGCACUACUGGGACUGCCGCAUGAAGGGCCGCCCGCCGGGGACGCCCAAGUCGGAUGAUCCGAACAAGAAGAAGCGCAAGCGCAGCACGCGCGAACGUGACUUGUGCGACGUCAAGAUCAAGAUCACCGAGUACUUCCCGGAUGCCGGGGCCGAGGCCGCGCUGGAUCGGGACGUUGCCGCUGCCAUUGCGGCCGGCACGGCGGCCCAUUCCGUCGUCAGCGCGGGACAGCGCUUCUGGACGAUUCAGCGGGUGAAUGGGAAUGGUGGUAACGGCAAAGCAGACGGAGUGGCUGGUCCGCAUCGGCAUACGCUGGAGAGGAGCGACGAGAUUAAGAAGAGCAGCGUGCAGCGGUUUGUGUCGACGAGAGACAAGGAGGGGAAGAAGGUACAGAGAACGCCUCUGGGCAAGGCUGUUGGAGCGGCGCGAGAGACGGCUCGGAUGCACAGUAAGAAUGCUGAUUUAAGGCUAUACGCCGCGACUUUCUGCCCCUUUUCCCAGCGCGUCUGGAUCGCCCUCGAGGCCAAAGGCCAGGCAUACCAGUACAUCGAAACAGAUCCUUUCAAGCGUCCUGCUCCGACACCGCUCCUCGAAGCUAAUCCGAGAGGUCGUGUUCCCGCUGUUCGACAGGGAGACUGGGCGUGCUCCGAGAGUGCCGUCAUUCUGGAAUAUAUCAACGCCCGCCUCGUCCCAACAUUCUUCUCCCUACUCCAACCGCCAAUCUCUUCACAACGCCCCCUAAACACCAUCAAUGCAUCCACAACGCCAACAUCCGCUGUCGCCCUCUUCCAAUCGCACCUGACGGCCCUCAUCCUCGCCGCGGACGAACAAGGCCCUUACUUCCUCGGCCCGUCGCUUUCUCUCGUCGACAUCCAUUUCGCGCCCUUUGCGCUUCGCCUCAGCCGUAUCCUCCAUCGUCGUUAUCCGAAUGCGCUUUUGGCGGAUGCCACUUCGGGCACGCGGUGGCAUCGUUGGUUAAACGCCUUGGAGAUGGAUCCGCAUAUUAGGGCGACGACGGGUACGGAUGAGUUUUAUCUGGAAACUGUUGACCUGCUGCUUCAGACGUCGAAUGAGGGGGGGUGA